UUUGUGUCCUUGGAAAUAAAAAAAGAAGCUCCAGCGGUUUUUCGGGCUCGCCGGGGUGAUGUCUCUGCGGUGAGAAUGUGCCACCAGAGUCCGGAGCAGAUGCAGUGAACACAUAGAAGAUGAAAAUCCUCAAGAAGGACAAGCGGCAGAUGUUCACUGGCCUCCUGAAGCACACGUCUCCUCAGGCCACCCCUGCUGCCGCCGCCUCGGACCAAGACGGCCACGCACAAACCGCGGUUCCCACAAUCCCACGGGGGCACCUGGUCGUUGGCUCCAAGGACCAGCUCCGCCUCCUUGCCCCCGUGGGCAGCGUGACGACGUCCAAUCACUGCGCUGCAGCCGGGGUUCACGCCAUGAAGCACUCCAGAGGAGCCCCAAGACCGCCGUCCUCUCUGAGCGACGAGGAUGACGGAGGAGGAGGAGGCAGGGUGAAGAAGAAGAGGAAGAAAAAGGACAGGAGAGAAUGGGAGAGAGGAGGAGCCGCUGUGGAGGAGAAGGACAGCAGCAAACCAAAGAAACGGACGGAGGAGAAGGGGCCGAUGGUGCUGACGCUGAGGAGGAGCAAAGAGCCCAAAGAGAGGAAGGAGCGCCGCAGGAAAGAGAUCGACCAGAGGAGCGUGGCGGGGGGGAAAACACCGGGCCCCGCAGUGGCCCCAGAACCAGCUCAGGUUCCUGUAAAGGUUCCCGGGAAAAGAGGAAGGAAACCGAAGAUCAAAGUUCUUCCUCCCGAGGCCUCGAAUCAAGCAGUCCCUCCUGUCGCCCCGGGACAGGUGAACAACGCCCAGGCUGCCCAAAGCCACGGAAAGAGGCAAGGCCAGGCCAACAGCAAGACGCCGGUCCCCACAGCACCAAAACAGAGGGGCCGAAAGCCCAAAGAUUCUGGCGCCAUGCCGGUGGAGAAGAAGAAGAAAGGGAAGAGGAGAAACCAGGAGGUCCAGGAGGGAGGGGAGAGUGACGACACCACCUCCAUGUCAGCUCUCAACAUGGGAGGGGAGGACAGCCAGGACGCUCUGGAUAACUCUAAGCGGCGUUCAGGGCGGCAGGUCAAACGCAGGAAGUACAACGAGGACUUGGACUUCAAGGUGGUGGACGACGACGGAGAGACCAUCGCCGUUCUCGGAGCCGGACGCAUCUCGGCGCUCAACGCCACGGCUCUGGCUUGGCAGGCUGAAGAACCACCGGAGGACGAGGCCAACAUCAUCGAGAAGAUCCUGGCUGUCAGAAAAUUGAAGAAAGAGACGUCACCAGAGGACCAGUCGGAGGAAGCCGAGGAGUUUUACGUCAAAUAUAGAAACUUUUCUUACCUGCACUGUAAGUGGGCCACUUUGGAAGAACUGGAGAAGGAUCCCAGAAUCCACCAGAAGAUUAAACGCUUCAGGACCAAACAGGCUCAGAUGAAGCAUCUAUUCACUGAGCCCGAUGAGGAUUUAUUUAACCCAGAUUACGUAGAGGUGGACCGGGUUCUGGAAGUGGCCGUUACCACGGACACAGAGACCGGAGAGGAGGUGACCCACUACCUCGUUAAGUGGUGCAGUCUUUCGUACGAAGAGGCAACGUGGGAGCUGCAGGAGGACGUGGACCCGGAGAAGAUCAGAGAGUUCGAGGAGAUCCAGAAACCGCCAGCAGACCUGAGACACUCGGAGCGUCCGCCUCCUGAAAAAUGGCAGAAGUUGGAACGUUCUAGAGAUUACAGGAACGGGAACCAGCUUAGAGAAUACCAGUUAGAGGGGAUGAACUGGUUGUUGUUCAACUGGUACAACAGAAAAAACUGCAUCCUGGCCGACGAAAUGGGACUGGGAAAGACCAUCCAGUCCAUCACCUUCCUGUACGAGAUCUUCACCAUGGGGAUCCGUGGCCCCUUCCUCAUCAUCGCACCGCUGUCCACCAUCACCAACUGGGAGAGGGAGUUUCGCACGUGGACGCACAUAAAUGUCAUCGUGUACCACGGCUCGCAGAUCAGCCGGCAGAUGAUCCUGCAGUACGAGAUGUUUUACAGGGACGCGCAGGGUAACACGGUUCCAGGUGGACUGAAGUUUCACGGACUCAUCACUACCUUCGAGAUGAUCAUGGCUGACUGCCCAGAGCUGAGGAAGCUGCAGUGGCGCUGCGUUGUGAUCGACGAGGCCCACCGCCUGAAGAACCGGAACUGCAAGCUCCUGGAGGGGCUCAAACUCAUGAACCUGGAACACAAGGUUCUGCUGACAGGAACCCCCCUGCAGAACUCCGUGGAGGAGCUGUUCAGUUUGUUGAACUUCCUGGAGCCGCAGCAGUUUCCCUCGGAGAGCUCCUUCCUGGAGGAGUUUGGAGACCUGAAAACUGAGGAGCAGGUGAAAAAGCUUCAGUCGAUUCUGAAGCCCAUGAUGCUGAGGAGACUAAAAGAUGACGUAGAAAAAAACCUGGCACCUAAAGAGGAGACCAUCAUAGAGGUGGAGCUGACAAACAUCCAGAAAAAAUACUACCGAGCCAUCUUGGAGAAAAACUUCUCGUUCCUGUCGAAAGGAGCGAACCAGCACAACAUGCCCAACCUCAUCAACACCAUGAUGGAGCUCCGCAAGUGCUGCAACCACCCCUACCUGAUCACCGGAGCGGAGGAGAAGAUCCUGGAAAGCUUCAAGAAGAGCCACAGUCCGGACGCAGCCGACUUCCAGCUGCAGGCCAUGAUCCAGGCAGCUGGUAAGCUGGUUCUGAUCGACAAGCUGCUGCCCAAACUUCUGGCUGGGGGGCACAAGGUUCUGGUCUUCUCCCAGAUGGUCCGCUGCCUGGAUAUCCUGGAGGACUACCUCAUACAGCGACGAUACACGUACGAACGCAUCGACGGACGCGUGCGAGGGAACCUGCGGCAGGCGGCCAUCGACCGCUUCUGUAAGCCGGACUCGGACCGCUUCGUGUUCCUGCUGUGCACCAGAGCCGGAGGACUGGGAAUCAACCUGACGGCCGCCGACACCUGCAUCAUCUUCGACUCGGACUGGAACCCUCAGAAUGACCUGCAGGCGCAGGCUCGCUGCCAUCGGAUCGGUCAGAGCAAGGCGGUGAAAGUCUACAGACUGAUCACCAGGAACUCGUACGAGAGGGAAAUGUUCGACAAGGCCAGUCUGAAGCUCGGGUUGGACAAAGCCGUCCUUCAGGACAUCAACCGCAAAGGGAGUCUCAACGGGGUGCAGCAGCUCUCCAAACUAGAAGUGGAGGAUUUGUUGAAAAAGGGAGCGUACGGAGCUCUGAUGGACGAAGAAGACGAGGGCUCCAAGUUCUGCGAGGAAGACAUCGAUCAGAUACUUCAGAGACGCACUCAGACCAUCACCAUCCAGUCUGAGGGGAAGGGGUCCACGUUUGCUAAGGCCAGCUUCGUCUCGUCCGGCAACAGAACGGACAUCUCACUGGACGACCCAAACUUCUGGCAGAAAUGGGCCAAGAUCGCUGAAGUGGAGAUCGACUCCAGAUCAGAGAAGGAGUCCCUGGUGAUCGACACGCCCCGGGUCAGGAAACAGACCCGUCACUACAACUCCUUCGAGGACGACGAGCUGAUGGAGUUCUCGGAGCUGGACAGCGACUCUGAGGAGAGACCCUGCAGGACCCGUCGCCUGGGCGAACGCAGCAGGCGGUACCUCCGCGCUGAGUGUUUCCGGGUUGAAAAGAAUCUUCUAAUCUUUGGUUGGGGUCGGUGGAAGGACAUUCAAAACCACGGUCGGUUCAAAUGGCACCUGACGGAGCGGGACAUGGAGGCGAUCUGCAGGGCUCUGCUGGUUUACUGCCUGAAACACUACAAAGGUGACGAUAAGAUCAAGUGCUUCAUCUGGGAUCUGAUCGCGCCCUCUAAAGACGGUCAGGACCAGGCGCUGCUCAACCACUCCGGUUUGUCUGCUCCAGUUCCUCGGGGCAGGAAAGGGAAGAAGCUGAAGAAUCAGCUGAAUGUUCCCGAUGUGAAGAACGCCGACUGGCUGGUCCACUGCAACCCCGAGGUGGUUCUGCAGGACGAGAGCUACAAGAAGCACCUCAAGCAGCACUGCAACAAGGUCCUGCUGAGGGUACGGAUGUUGUACUACCUGAAGGUGGAGGUUCUGGGGGACGUAGCCACUCAGGAGGGAGUACCUGCCAGUAAACUGGACGUGGCGCUGCCGGACAUCGACUACAUCGAGAUUCCUGUGACGUGGUGGGACGCCGAGGCUGACAAGUCUCUCCUCGUUGGGGUCCACAAACACGGGUAUGAGCGGUACAACGCCAUGCGCGCCGACCCAGACUUGUGUUUUCUGGAACGGGUCGGGAUGCCGGACGUCGCGGCUCUGACUACAGAACAAGGAGGAGGAGAGGGAGCGUCUGAAGCCACCGACAGCAGCUGUAAGACGGAGGAGGCGAAGGACGAGGCGGAGGUCAAGGCUAACGGAGGCGAGGAUCGAGACGAGAGCAACAAGGGGGAGGAAACCUGCUCCAGUACCGGCGAGUGCGAGAAGCCGGACAGUUCGAGUCAACACUCUCAGGCGUCCACUGACCUGAGCGCUCAGGACGGACCGCUGGUUACCACGACAACAGCAGGAACGACAACGGGGACCGGGGUGGCAUCUCUCCACGUGGUCCAGGCCCGACCCCUGUGGCCCACCGGCCCCGCCUUGACGGCCCGCUUUCGGCGCCUGAUCACCGCCUACCAGCGCUUCACGCUGCGCCGGGAGCCCCUGCUGAGGAACGACUUCCUGCUCCACGAUGGCCUCGUUGGCUUGACGAUGGGAGGGGCCACAGCCGGUCACCACGCCGGUGGGCCGCUGGCGUGGCAGCUGGGAGAAGAGCUGAGGAGGUGUUCGGUGGUCUCCACAGAACCGGACCCCCUGUUCCUGGAGUGGCAGAGGAGGUGGACCCGCCGCGAGCAGGCGGACUUUUACCGCACCGUCUCGUCUUUCGGGGUCGUGUACGACCCGGAGAGGAAAGCUUUUGACUGGUCCCAGUUCCGAGCGCUGGCCCGACUGGAGAGGAAGACCGACGAGAGUUUGGAAAGAUACUUUAACUCGUUCGUCAACAUGUGCAGGACGGCGUGCAAACUUCCCCCGAGGAAGGAAGAAGGGCUGGUGGAUCCUGGCGUUCUGGUGGAGCCUCUGACCGAAGAACGAGCGGCGAGGACGCUGUAUCGCAUCGAGCUGCUGAGAAAGAUCCGGGAGCAGGUUCUUCGACACCCCCUCCUGUCGGCCUGCCUCCAGCUGUGCCGCCCCUCCCUCUACCUCCCCGUCUGGUGGGAGAGCGGUAAACACGACCGGGACCUCCUCAUCGGGGCGGCGCGCCACGGCCUGAGCCGCACGGACUUCUACAUCCUGAACGACCCGCAGCUCAGCUUCCUGGAGGCCCACAGGAACUACGUCAGGCGGCACCCUGUUCACCUCCACCCUCAGAGUCAUCAUCACCCCCUCCACGGGGGCUUGGCGUCCCAUCCUGGAAUUUCCUCCUCCUCUCCUUCGGCGUCCCACAUGCAGCUUCCUCAUCCUCACUGCUGCCUCUACGAUUCAGGACUUGGACAUCAGUCCCCGCAGCCUCCUGAGUACCCCCACCAGGUCUCCAACCACCACCAGCAGCAGGUUCCCCCUCCGUCUGCUCCUUCCCCCUCCUCCUCUCACCUCCACCCGCCCCCUCUGGAUGCCCACGAUUCAGCCCCAGCCAGUCUGGGUCUGGUCCCCGGGUCGCGGGUGGAUUUCCUGGACUGUGCCCCUCUGGACGACGGUCUGGAGCUGGGCUCUCUGCAGCACGACGCCAUGUCUGCAGACGCUCUGCACGGAGGCAAGGCAUCCAAAGACGCCCUCAACGGGUUCCCGUUCAACUCCGCAGCCGGAGGGCAGAGCAUGCUGAACUCGUACGGAGUCGGGGGCACAGACCUGGACUCCAGACUCCGGAGCGACGUGCUGGUUGGGGAGCAGGGCUCGUCGGAGGAAACUGGACUGAUGGCGCCGUCUGUGGAGCUGGAUCAGCUACAGGCUCCCUGGGACAGCACCGACCACACCAGUCCGGCUGACCACAUGUUCAACGAGUCUGACCCAAUUCUUGGUCCCUCUGCUCUGGAGACGGGCUUUCUGGAGGAGGACGACGAGGAGGCUCAGGGAGGAGACGGAGUGGGAGAGGAAGGAGGGACUCUGGAGGAGUGUUUGGGCCUCCCACCUUCGUCCUCCCCGUCCCAUCCUUCCAGUGCAGAUUCUGUAGAACCUCUGUCGUCCAGUUACCUGCUCUUUAAGGACAUCGGAGUGAACGAAGAGACCAGUGCCGACCAAAUGGACCUGUCGGCGAGCCCGCCUCUCCCCUUCGUCCCCCCUCCUCCCCUCUCUCCGCCCGACCUCUCCCCCCACGAGCCGCAGGACGGGCUCGGACCCUCCGUCUCCGACAGCCUCACCGAUCCUGUGGAGGAGGAGCGGGACGGGGGCGCGGCGUUCGAGUUCGAGGAGAAGGAGGAGGAGGAGAGCGCCGAUCGGCACGUUGAAGACGACGAGCAGAACCUGCAGGACGGUCGUCUCUCCGCUGGAGAGUCGCAGGCGGACGAUGGAGGACCGGCUGAGAGGGAGGAGGCCUCAGACCUCCAGGAGAACUUUGAGGACGAGGAGGAUCUACCUGAAGAACUUGACCCUGAUCUGAGGAAGCUGGACCAGGAGAGGGACUUUGAGUGUCCGGAGGAUCCACCAGAGGAGGUCCAUGGGCUGAGCUUGUAUCAGACAGAACCUUCUGCGGGGAACUCUCUGGACACCGAUGUGUUCAUGAGCAAUGAAACAGGAGAGUUCGCUCAAAGGAAGGUGAGUCCACAAAGUUCUGGAGAACCUUCUGCAGACCAGGUUGAUGAGGUCUCUGAAGGCCGUUUGGAUCGGAUCGACGCUCCGGUGGAACGAGCUGCUGAAGAGACGGAGGAGAAGCUGGAGAACAUUUAUUCAGACUUUGCAGAGUCUUCCUGUUCUUCUGUCCUGGAGCACUCAAAGUGCUCUGAACCCAGCAGAGAGGUGGACAGAACCAGGUCCAAAGUCUCCACGGAUCAGAACCUGAACUCAGCAGAAGGUUGUGAGAGUGGCGCUGAUGGAGACCACAAAGACCAUCUGCUUCAUCCAAACGAAGUUAAAACAGAUUCAGAGAUCGACUCAAAGCCGUUGAAUCUCAAGUUCUCUGUCCAACCAAACGGUGGUGAGAAGACACGAGAACAACUGUUGGUACCGGUGAAGGUCGAGGAAACCAAACCAGAACCUGCUGAGGAGGCCCACCUCCACGGCUCUGAAACCAAACGCUCAGCUUUCCUUUCCUACCCGGUUAAAUCUGAAGGUUUCCAGACCAAAGCGGAGCAGUUUCCUGUCCGAGCUCCGUGCCUGGAGGUGAAACCUGAAGAUCUCACUCUUCCCAUGAAGUCCGAGAACUUCAGCACCAAACCAGGAACUCUCCGCUUUGUAGCUUAUUCAGAUGCUAAAGCUGAAGUCAAACUGCCUGAUCUACAGUUUCCCACCUGCUCAGACGGGUUUAAGAUCGAGUCCAAGCCUGAAGGUUUGAGGUUUCCAUCGUUACAUGAAGCCAAGUCCGAGGUUCUGGGCUUCACGAUGUACCCGGACAGCUCCGAGGUCAAACCGGAGGACAAGCUGGAAGGCCUCGAGUUUGCAGCUUUAGCUGAGGUCAAAGCUGAGAUGAAGCAGGAGAUGUUGGAGGCGGACAGCACGGUCCUGACCCCGAAGCUGGAGCAGGCAGACUCUUCUGGAGUGCUGGUGCUGAAAGACCAAGUGAAGGAGGAGAAGCCAAGUCCUCCAGCCCCCCUGGCUGAGGGCUAUCCCAGCAGUCCCAGGUUCGCAGCUCCAGUUUCCGUGUGUGAGAUUCCCGACAGCCUCCACGAGAGCAGAGAGCUGACCAUCGCUCAGCUGCUGCAGGAGAAAGCUCUUUACUCCUUCUCCGAGUGGCCCAAGGACCGAGUUAUCAUCAACCGCCUGGACAGCAUCUGCCACGCCAUCCUCAAGGGAAAAUGGCCGUCGUCGAGCGAGCAGUACGACUCUCCGAGCUCCCUCGUCGCAAACUCCUGCCUCCCCAACAGCUUGGCCCAGCAGCACCAGAACCGAGCCGGUUUCCUCCCCACCACCGCCCCCGGCUCCGUCCUGGCUCAGUCUAGAGUCCAGCAGACCGGAUCGGGUCUGGGGUUUCCCAUCCCCCCACCCCUCACCAGAAUCCCCAAGUACGUGCCGCGGGGCGGCGCUUGCGGGCGCGGAGCUUGGCGCCUCACCUCCUUGCCUCUCUUACAGGAGAGGCUUGUGGCUCCGCCCUACCUCCCUGAGCUCAAACGAGCGGGGGGUCGAAGGUCGUUUGACUACGAAGCCGCCGCCGCAGCAGCCGCCAAGAUCUUAGCUGGGAAGUCUGUAUCACUGAGCCACACGACCGCCAGCUCCAGCGGCGAGAAGGUGCCAGUGGUGGCUCCGCCCCCUCACCGCACAGGAGCCAUGUUACUCAAUGGCUGGCAGGAAGCAGCCAUAGAUCUGACCAAGUCCUCGGGUGAAAUAACCACAACGAGCGGCGCCGGGACGAGUGAAGCUGCAGGAAUCGGCCAAUCCAGCGCCGCACCUGGAAAGGUGCCGGCGCUGCCCCCCAUCACCGCUCCGUUACCCGGCCCGGUUGGACUCGACAUGUCCGGGAUCCUGCAGGCGGGGCUCAUCCACCCCGUCACGGGACAGAUUGUUAAUGGCACCCUGAGGGGAGACGACUCCCUGAGGAGAAGGAGAGGCAGAAGGAGAAACGUGGAGGCUCUGUACUCUGAGUUCGCCAAGAGCCGAGGACUGCACCUCCCCGACACGCAGGGUCGUGUGGAGGUGAUCAGCCACUCCUCAGUCUCCUCCUCCACCUCCUCGCCGUCACCGUCUCCAUCAGAGCGACCCGUGGGCCCUCCAACACCGUCCUCCUCUUCUACUCCCACCAACACCCCCACCCAGACCCCCCCUCAGCCGGAGAUCGUGGCCGUGGACAGAGAAGCCGCCAGCAAAGGUCUGAUCGAGUGGCUGAGGCAGAACCCGAGCUACAGCAUGGACCUGCCCGCCUUCAGCCACUCUGGGGCCAGUUUGUUGCACGGCUUCGUGGAGCGUCCCAAACAGAGGAGGCAUCGCUGCAAAGACCCCACCAAGCUGGACGUCAACUCCCUGACGGGGGAGGAGCGGGUCCCCGUGGUGCACCGAGGCACCGGACGCAGGCUCGGCGGGGCGAUGGCGCCGGCCAUCAAGGAGCUCUCCCGGUGGCUCGACGCGAACUCGGAGUACUUUGUGGCUCCGGACUGGGCUGAGGUGGUCAAACACUCUGGUUUCCUCCCCGAGGGGAAGUUCUCCCGGAUACUGACGGAGCCCGUCAACAGAGACCCGGGUUCUCGCCGCCGCGGACGCCGGCCUCGCAGCGAGAUGCCCAAGCCCCUCCUCUCUGUCUCUGACUCCUCCCCCUCCGGCCUCGGCCCGCCGCUCUACAUGAACGGGGGUUUGAUCGGCAGCAUGGACUCCAUAGUGGCCUUGCAGAACCUCCGUGGCGGCAUCCCUGGUAUCCCCAUCUCUGGAAUCAUGGCGGCUGGAUUCUCGCACGGUUUCCCUGCGGCGGUGUCGGCGGGAGGCUCCGGGGCUGAAGACCUGAAGAACGGGUUGAGCAUGUUACCCAUGAUGCUGCACGGCAUCCCGCACCCCCACGGGGCCACCAUCCCUCAACACGCCCUGUUCAGUGUCGGCACCAUGAUGGCGCACGCGCCGCCGCCUCCUCACCCCGGCUCCGCCUCUGCCUCACCCUCCUCCUCCACCUCUCCUCCAGCAUCUGCUGCGAACGUCACCACGACGACGGCGCCGUCCGAGGCUGCCAGCCCCUCGUCAACGACACCCACCGACAGAGAGGGCGCCUCCUCCUCAGCAACGGGAGGCGACAAGGAGAAAGGGACAGCGGAGGGCGCCAAGCGUCCCUCGGGGGUGGAGUCAGCCGUCAUCACCUCUGCCAGCCGGGCCCACCUGAGCUCGGCGCACCUUGGAACUGCCGCCGGCAGCCAUCACGCCUUCAACCCGUUCCUGAUCCCAGGCGUGUCCCACGGCCUGCUGUACCCGCACAUGUUCCUGCCGCACGGCAGCAUCAUGGCGCUGCCCGCCGUGCCCCCGGGCGCCGUCGACGCCUCGCCGGGAAGCCCCAAGAGGAGGAGGAAGAGGGCACGGGAGGACGAGGAGAAGGUGGCAGCAGGAGACGCAGAGGAAAACCCGCACUUGGCAGCCUCCUCCUUCUCUGCCUCCUCUACCUCAGCUCUGGAACCGCCUCCUGCCGAAGAAACUGGGCUGGGCGGAGCCACAAACGGGCCCUCAGAACCCCAGAAACCAGACUCCAACUCCCAGAACGAAGCAGCUGCAACUGAAGACGGACAAGAGGAGACGGGAGGAGAGGCGGAGCAGCGAGAGGAGGUGUAGAGGAGGAGAAACUGCAGAGAGAAGCACCUCCCGCCUCCUCCGUCCUCCCAGCUGAGCGGGGGUGUAAAGUUUGUGCUGAGUCUGUAAGUCUGCAUCCGUGUAAAACUUUGAAUAUGCCGUUAGGUCCAUGUUUAUACCCCCCCCCC